AUGCAUGUAUGUAUUCGUUUUACUUUUCUGCUACUCUGAUCAUUUUCUUGUUGAGGAAGAAAGAUGCUGAUGAAAUUCAAAUACCCUCGUCGAUCACACGCACCCAAGACCAAGAACUCAAGAAGGGUACCACAUUCGCUUUAUCACUAUUAACUUCAUAGUUUAGUUUCUCUUCUAGUCCAGAAGUACAAGUAAGUGAUGGUGGUGUUUCCGGUGGUGAAGCUAGCAACACUCGCUCUGAGAACCGCGUGCAAACCAAUCGCCAACAGGCUCAAGAAGGAGGCCGGUUACCACCUCAAGUUCCGCAAUUUCAUCAUCAGCAUUGCCCAGGCCAAUCAUAGAUUGACGACGAGAGUGCAGAGACGAAUUUACGGUCAUGCCACUGAUGUUGCAAUCCACCCUCUGAACGAGGAGAAGGCUGUGCAAGCUGCUGCUGAUCUGCUUGGAGAACUCUUUGUCUUCUCGACAAAUGUGGCCGAUGCAAUUCUAAUCGCAGUUGCGGACAUUUUAAAAACUUUGAUGUUGCAGCCCAAAACAAGGACCCAUGCUACAAAAUUUUCAUCUGUACCAUCUAUCAAGAUUUCUGCUAUCAUCGAUUUCGUUCUAUUUAGGUUGCAGGAGCUGCCAUCAUCUUUGAGGUGCAAAGAAGUUCAAGAUCAGAAGCAAGAAAAGAAGAAUUACGUAGACAGGAGAUACAGGUUGUCUUCCUGCCUUUGUCUGUCAUGGAUUAUAUGUUUUGAGGGUAAAUUGUGGGUUGAAGCAAAGUUGGUCUUCUUGUAAUUCAUUUAUUUUCUCUGACUGCUAUGCAUGAUGGAGGUUUUUAAACUUGGAUGCAUUUUUUCCCCCUCACUGGGUUUUAGUUUUGCCUACCUAUUUAUUUUAGUCUUGUUUUCUUUCAUUUGAGGUAGAGGAAGCCGUUGGGGGGACAAAAAUAUUCUAAAUUUCAAGGAUCUAUUCACUUUUUUGUUACUUUGCAGGAAAUAAAGACUAAGAAUGAAGAAUUGGCUAGAGAAAUUGAACUUCUUGCACAAAAGCUUGAAGAGCUGGAACAACUUUCCAGGGGACGAGGACUACUUGGCACUCUUAACUUCAGACACACUCG